UCAGAUGAAAACAAUGUGUAUUCAUUUGUUUUUUUUUUCAUUGUGGUAUGAAUCUCUAUUGAAUUGUGACUUUGAAUGUCAAAGCUUACGCUUGUGACAUUUUAAGCUGGCAACAAUUUUCAAAAUGCUUUUUGGUGAUAGUCAAGGAGAAAAUAUGGAAUUGCACUUGUAAGGAGCAAGUUCACCUGUUAACUGCAAUCUGAUCAGGCACUAUUUUUUACUGUUUCUGAAGGUUUUCUGUCUCGCUAGCGAGUCUGGUCAAGACUGGGUGAAGCAAAUAGGAAAUGGCAAGAAAUAUGGGUCAUCUCUUGAAAUCGUUGAUUGAGCUUCCAGUAUCCAAAGUUGGUUUUUCAAAGAACUCAGCUAGUCGACUCAUUUGUUCUUCAACUCAAGGAGGGCAAAUCAAACAGGAUCAUCCUGGAGAGCAUGAUGCUCGUACUUUGGAUGAGAAGGAGAAGGUUGAUAACAAAAAUGAAGGGAAUCUUGAAGUUGAGGACGACAGUGAUGAAGAGGAUACUUCUAAUGUUAACAAAAAGACUGGUGAGAUUGGAGGCCCUAAAGGUCCUGAGCCCACCCGCUAUGGUGAUUGGGAGCGUGGUGGUCGCUGCUCUGAUUUCUAAUCUUCUUUUCAGCUUUUGAUUCAACCUGUCGUCUUACAGGUAAUGCGUUGCCUAUCCGAUAUGUAGGAGACAAAUACUAAUAAUGUAGGUGCUAGUCAAAUAGUGAUAUUAUUUUUCGAAGUUCUUUUUUUUCUUCUGAUGCUUGAAUAGUGCAAUGAACAUUGAAUAAGAGCAGCUGUUACAUGAUUGUACAACGCGUGAUAUAAUAUAGGUAAAAUGGUCUUGUUAAUUACGAAUUACUGUCUCUAAAUGAUAGCGGCUUUUAGAGGAUUA